CGUUGUUCCAGUUCGAAAGUCUCUCUCUACAUAAACCCUCUAGUCAAACAAAAACAUAUCCACACCUCAAAUCUAGGUUUUAUCCAGAGAGAGAAAGUAGAGAGAGAGAAGCUAUGGAGACGAAUAAUACAGGGGGGGAUCAGGGUAAUAUUAAAGGAGUGGCUACACAUGGUGGUCGUUAUGUUCAGUAUAAUGUGUACGGUAAUCUUUUUGAGGUUUCUAGGAAGUAUGUUCCUCCGAUCCGGCCGGUUGGUCGAGGAGCUUACGGUAUUGUAUGUGCGGCGACGAAUGCAGAGACACGUGAAGAAGUUGCCAUCAAGAAAAUUGGGAAUGCAUUUGAUAACAGGAUAGAUGCCAAAAGGACUCUAAGAGAGAUUAAGCUUCUUAGACACAUGGAUCAUGAAAAUGUGAUUGCAAUCAAAGAUAUAAUACGGCCUCCACAAAAGGAAAACUUCAAUGAUGUUUACAUUGUUUAUGAGUUAAUGGACACCGAUCUUCAUCAGAUUAUACGUUCUAACCAACCUCUGGCUGAUGAUCACUGUCGGUAUUUUCUUUACCAAAUACUACGAGGACUCAAAUAUGUUCAUUCGGCACACGUCUUGCAUCGUGAUCUAAAACCAAGCAACUUGCUUCUCAACGCAAACUGCGACCUAAAAAUCGGGGAUUUUGGGCUCGCAAGAACAACUUCUGAAACAGACUUCAUGACUGAAUAUGUUGUUACUCGCUGGUACCGAGCCCCUGAGUUGCUCUUAAAUUGUUCAGAGUACACCGCAGCUAUCGACAUCUGGUCUGUUGGUUGCAUUCUUGGUGAAAUCAUGACUCGACAACCACUUUUUCCAGGCAAAGAUUAUGUUCAUCAGCUCAGACUUAUCACGGAGCUCAUAGGCUCACCAGACGAUGCAAGUCUUGGAUUUCUUAGAAGUGAUAACGCAAGAAGAUACGUUAGACAACUUCCUCAGUAUCCAAGGCAACAAUUCGCUGCUAGAUUUCCUAAUACAUCUCCUGGAGCUGUAGAUUUACUGGAAAAAAUGCUCGUAUUUGACCCAAAUAGGCGUAUUACAGUUGAGGAGGCGCUGAGUCACCCAUACUUAGCACCCCUACACGAGAUCAACGAGGAGCCAGUGUGCCCUCAGCCUUUUAAUUUCGACUUCGAGCAGCCAUCAUGCACCGAAGAACAUAUCAAAGAGUUGAUAUGGAGGGAGUCUGUUAAAUUCAAUCCAGACCCCGCUCAUUGAGGAGGUAUGUAUGUGUGUGUAGUUGAUGUAUACGAUUUAGAGAUUGUGACAUGAUCCUAGAAUUUCCUCCUAUUAUGUUCUUUCAAUACAAAAUAAAGGCAAAGGGCAUAUUGGGUUUUUUACUUGCAUCUUUUGUGACAUUUCUUUUCUUGUAAUAUUCAAAUGGUCUUUCAAGAGAAUUUACCAUCGCUGCUUCUGUUCUCGAGUUUAACUGCCAGUUACUUGUUGGUUUACUUCUCAUAUUUGUAAACGCUACUUGGUUGAUUUAUUCGUUUGUUACUACUUUUUGUUGCC